GCGGGAGCAGCAGCAUCGUCGCCCCGGCAGCCACCCACUUGUGGCGGACCGACGAGCCCCGAGCCCAGCCCAGGCAGGCAGGCAGGCAGGCGGCCAUGAGUCGCCGCUUCACGGUCACAGCCGGCGAGGAGCCGCGCCCGGGCACAGCGACGGCAGCAGCGGCUGGAGGCGGCGGUGGCGGCGACGGAGGAGCCCCCCCGCAGUUGCCGCCGGGCAGCAGGCAAGGUGAUGGAAACCCCAAAGAAAGCAGCCCUUUCAUCAACAGCACAGACCCGGAGAAGGGAAAGGAAUAUGAUGGGAAGAACAUGGCGCUCUUUGAGGAAGAGAUGGACACCAGCCCCAUGGUCUCGUCUCUGCUCAGCGGCCUGGCCAACUACACCAACCUGCCGCAGGGCAGCCGCGAGCAUGAGGAGGCAGAGAAUAACGAUGGGGCCAAGAAGAAGCCUGUCAAGGCCCCCCGGAUGGGCACCUUCAUGGGCGUCUAUCUGCCCUGCCUGCAGAACAUCUUUGGCGUCAUCCUCUUCCUCCGCUUGACGUGGGUUGUUGGCAUUGCUGGCAUCAUGGAGUCCUUCUGCAUGGUCUUCCUCUGCUGCUCCUGUACCAUGCUGACGGCCAUCUCCAUGAGUGCCAUUGCGACCAACGGAGUGGUCCCAGCUGGAGGGUCCUACUACAUGAUCUCACGCUCACUAGGCCCCGAGUUUGGAGGUGCUGUGGGGCUCUGCUUCUACCUGGGCACCACUUUUGCGGGUGCCAUGUACAUCCUCGGUACCAUUGAGAUUCUGCUGGCCUACCUCUUCCCACCAAUGGCCAUCUUCAAGGCAGAGGAUGCCAGCGAAGAAGCUGCUGCCAUGCUGAACAACAUGCGGGUCUACGGGACGUGUGUGCUCACCUGCAUGGCCACCGUGGUCUUUGUGGGCGUAAAAUACGUCAACAAGUUUGCCCUGGUCUUCCUGGGCUGCGUCAUCCUCUCCAUCCUUGCCAUCUAUGCUGGUGUCAUCAAAUCUGCCUUUGACCCACCAACCUUUCCGAUCUGCCUGCUGGGGAACCGGACUCUGUCCCGCCACGGCUUCGACACGUGUGUCAAGAUGGUCCAAGAGGGCAAUGAAACAAUUGGCUCCCAGCUGUGGGGGCUCUUCUGCUCCUCUCGCUUCCUCAAUGCUUCCUGCGAUGAGUACUUCACGCUGAAUAAUGUGACUGAGAUCCAGGGUAUCCCUGGAGCUGCUUCUGGCCUCAUCCAAGAAAACCUCUGGAGCUCCUAUUUGCCCAAAGGGGUGAUUAUAGAGAAGAUGGGGAUGACCUCCGUGCCCCCCUCUGAAGCACUUCUGGACAUGGACCAGCCUUAUGUCUUCAGCGACAUGACCUCUUACUUCACCCUUCUGGUUGGCAUCUACUUCCCAUCAGUCACAGGGAUCAUGGCUGGUUCGAACAGGUCUGGAGAUCUGCGGGAUGCUCAGAAAUCAAUCCCCACAGGCACCAUCCUCGCCAUUGCCACCACCUCUGCUGUCUACAUCAGCUCUGUGAUCCUCUUCGGGGCCUGCAUUGAGGGUGUCGUGCUCAGAGACAAGUUUGGUGAGGCUGUCAGCGGGAACCUGGUGGUUGGCACCCUGGCCUGGCCCUCUCCGUGGGUGAUUGUCUUCGGGUCCUUCUUCUCCACCUGUGGCGCUGGGCUGCAGAGUCUGACGGGGGCUCCUCGCCUGCUGCAGGCCAUUUCCCGGGAUGGCAUUGUGCCCUUCCUGCGGGUCUUUGGCCACGGCAAAGCCAACGGAGAACCCACCUGGGCCCUCCUGCUCACAGCCUGCAUCUGUGAAAUCGGGAUCCUCAUUGCCUCCCUGGACGAGGUGGCCCCCAUCCUCUCCAUGUUCUUCCUGAUGUGCUACAUGUUUGUCAACCUGGCCUGUGCAGUGCAGACACUGCUGAGGACGCCCAACUGGCGGCCGCGGUUUCGCUAUUACCACUGGACACUCUCCUUCCUGGGCAUGAGCCUCUGCCUGGCCCUGAUGUUCAUCUGCUCCUGGUAUUAUGCGCUGGUGGCCAUGCUGAUUGCAGGACUCAUCUACAAGUAUAUUGAAUAUCGUGGGGCAGAGAAGGAGUGGGGUGAUGGGAUACGUGGCCUCUCCCUCAGCGCAGCCCGUUACGCCCUCUUGCGCCUGGAGGAAGGGCAGCCCCAUACGAAGAACUGGAGGCCGCAGCUGCUUGUGCUGGUGCGUGUGGACCAGGACCAGACCGUCGUCCACCCGCAGCUGCUGUCCUUCAUCAACCAGCUGAAGGCCGGCAAGGGGCUGACCAUCGUGGGCUCCGUGCUGGAGGGGACCUUCCUGGACAAUCACCUGCAGGUCCAGCGUGCCGAGGAGUCCAUCCGGCGGCUGAUGGAGGUGGAGAAGGUGAAGGGCUUCUGCCAGGUGGUCACCUCGUCCAGCCUGCGUGAUGGCAUGUCCCACCUCAUCCAGUCCAGCGGGCUGGGUGGGCUGCAGCACAACACAGUGCUUGUCGGCUGGCCACGCAACUGGCGCAGCAGCGAAGACCACCAGACGUGGAGGAGCUUCAUUGAGUUGGUGCGAGAGACUACAGCUGGGCACAUGGCCCUGCUAGUGGCCAAGAAUGUGGCCAUGUUCCCAGCCAACACAGAGCGCUUCUCUGAGGGCCACAUUGACGUCUGGUGGAUCGUGCAUGACGGAGGGAUGUUGAUGCUGCUGCCUUUCCUGCUGCGCCAGCACAAGGUUUGGCGCAAGUGCAAGAUGCGGAUCUUCACUGUGGCCCAGAUGGACGACAACAGCAUCCAGAUGAAGAAGGACCUGACGACCUUCCUGUAUCACCUGCGCAUCACAGCUGAAGUGGAAGUGGUGGAGAUGCACGAGAGUGACAUCUCUGCCUACACCUACGAGAAGACGCUGGUUAUGGAGCAGCGGUCCCAGAUCCUCAAGCAGAUGCACCUCACCAAGACAGAGAGGGAACGCGAGAUCCAGAGCAUCACUGAUGAGUCACGUGGCUCCAUUCGGCGCAAGAAUCCAACUAACACACGCUUGCGUCUCAGUGUCCCAGAUGAGCAGGUGGGCGACAAUGAGGAGAAGCCUGAAGAAGAGGUACAACUCAUCCAUGACAAAAAUGCCACCACCUUCUCGAGCUGCUCUCCAUCACCCGGUGAUGAAACGGAGGCGGAGUCAGAGGCGGCCCCUGAGAAGGUGCACCUCACCUGGACAAAAGACAAGGUGGCCGAGAAGAACAAGGCCAAGAGUCCCAUCAGCCCUGAGAGCAUCAAGGAUUUCUUUAGCAUGAAGCCGAAUCAGUCCAACGUUAGAAGGAUGCACACGGCUGUCAGGCUCAACGAAGCAAUUGUGAAGAAGUCCCAGGAGGCAAAGCUUGUGCUGCUCAACAUGCCCGGCCCCCCACGGAACCGCAAGGGGGAUGAGAACUGUAUCCUUCACUUCCAGAGGCCUCUGACAUGGGGCAGGCCCAUUUCUGCAGAACUGGAAGAGCAAGGCUGUUGUGGGGGCACAGGCAUCAGGACAAGAGGCUGCCGUUUAAUUCUGGCAGUUUCUGAUACCAGCUGGGUUUGGCAGUUAAGGAGGAAGGCAAUGCUUUAGCCAACAUCUUCAAAGCCAAGAUCAAAGCCUGAUAUUUGCAUAUAAGUAUAUGCUGAGGAAUUGAAAAUAAAACAGCUGAUAUCAUAAUGCUGUUAUACAAAUCUACAGAGUGACUGCACUUGGAAUACUGUGUACAGUUCUGGUCGCCUCAUCUCAAAAAGGAUAUUGUAGAGUUGGAAAAGGUUCAGAAGAGGGCAACCAGAAGGAUCAGGGGAUGGAGCGACUCCACUAUGAGUAAAGGUUGCAGCUUUUGGGGCUCUUUAGUUUAGAGCAGAGGUUCCCAGCUGGGGUCC